AUGACUAGGAGGUCCAACAAGGACAACCUAGUUGAACAUCCAGAGAUAGACAAGCUUGAGAAGCAACUUAGGAAGCAGAAAGCCCAAGAGAUGGCCGACGAAGCAGCUCGCGCUCACGCCGCUGAAGUGGCGCGCGCUCAAGAAGAAGGAAGAGAUCCACCUCCUCCUCCUCCUAAUCCACAAGACCCUGCUGGAGAUAAACCCUAUCCAUCCACCACCCCUGCAAGGAAUGACUAUGAGAUCAAGCCUCAGAUCAUAGCAUUGGUUAGACAGAACCAAUUCAAUGGACUUCCAGCUGAGCACCCUCUUGAUCACAUAGAAAACUUUGAAGAAAUUUGCAGCACUACAAGAUCCAAUGGAGUCUCUGCUGACUACCUUAAGUGCAAGCUCUUUUCAUUCUCUCUUGGCGACAAAGCUUCAAGAUGGUUGAAGUCUCUGCCAGCUCACUCCAUCACCACUUGGGAUGAGUACAAGGCUGCAUUCAUCAACCACUUCUACACCAAACAGAGAUCAAUUUCUGUGAGAAACAAGAUCUCCACUUUCGCCAAGCAACAAUGA